UCUCUCACUUCAGGGGGGGAGAGAAGAACAGUUUAGUCGAGAGAAGCGGACGGGUAGCUGCAAGACCGAUACACGCUAAGGGCAGAUAUUAAAAAAGCUACUUUUGAAAGCGCUGACUGACGAGACAUCACUGUGUUUUAGGACGGUAAUGAAUCUCCUUUCACUGGCAGUUCUUAAAACCGGUUUUGAGGAGGCGGAGAGGCGCGGCGGCGGAUGGGAACAUACAGCGGCAGCAGCGCCAAACUCACAAUGCGCCCGGAGUGAACAGAGGCAGGGAGACAAUACAGAUCCGCGGGCACACUGAGGAGCUGCAAUCUCUCAUCUGGGCUCUCUCUUAUUCUUUCCAAAACCUAUUCCAGAGUGGCAUUUCCCGCGCGUCUACGCCUGUUCUAUUGAUUGAUAGAGACAAAAUUGACUUCGCAACGAGGACAAGUGGUUUGAUCUCCAAACUCAGCCAUGACGUCUCCGGCGAAAUUCCGAAAAGACAAGGAGAUAGUGGCCGAAUAUGAAACUCAAGUUAAAGAGAUCCGUGCCCAGCUGGUGGAGCAGCUGAAGUGUCUGGACCAGCAGUGUGAGCUGAGGGUGCAGCUGCUGCAGGACCUGCAAGACUUCUUCAGAAAGAAGGCAGAGAUUGAGGUGGACUACAGCCGCAACCUUGAGAAGCUGGCAGAGAGGUUCCUCACCAAGACACGUAGUACCAAGGACCAUCUGCUCAAGAAGGAGCAGAGCAUUUUAUCCCCAGUGAACUGCUGGAACCUGUUGCUGCUUCAGGUGAAGAGGGAGAGCCGCGACCACGCCACUCUGUCCGACCUCUACCUCAACAACAUCAUCCCCCGCUUCGCGCAGAUCAGCGAGGACUCAGGACGCCUCUUCAAGAAGAGCAAAGAGGUCGGUGUACAGCUGCAAGAGGACCUGAUGAAAGUUCUUAAUGAGCUCUACACGGUGAUGAAGACGUACCACAUGUACAACACUGACAGUAUCAAUGCCGAGUCCAAGCUGAAGGAGGCGGAGAAGCAGGAGGAAAAGCAGAUGGGGCGCUCCGUCCGACAAGACGACCGACAGACGCCGCGCUCCCCCGAUACCUUGGCCAGUAUCAAGAGCGACGAGAAACCCGUCCGGCGCUCCAGUGUCAAAAAAAUCGAAAAGAUGAAGGAGAAGAGGCAAGCUAAGUACACAGAGAACAGGCUGAAGGCCAUCAAAGCCAGGAAUGAGUACCUGCUAGCUCUUGAGGCCACCAACAGCUGUGUCUUCAAAUAUUACAUCCACGACCUCUCCGACAUCAUUGACUGCUGUGACUUAGGAUACCAUGCCAGCCUGCACCGCGCCCUGAGAACCUACCUAUCUGCAGAACAGAACGUAGAGGCGUCCAAACACUCUGGCCUGGAGACACUGGAUGGAGCCGCAGAAAGUUUGGAGCCCAACGGUGACAAACAGAAGCUGAUGGAGACCUACAACAACGUCUUCUGCCCCCCAGCUCGCUUUGACUUUCAGUCCCACAUGGGAGACACGAUGGGAGUGAUGUGUGCGCAGCAGCCGGUGGAAGGCGAGCUGCUCCAGAGGUGUCAGCAGCUGCAGUCACGCCUCUCCACACUCAAGAUUGAGAAUGAAGAGGUAAAGAAAACCAUGGAGGCCACCCUGGCCACCAUCCAAGACAUGGUGACAGUGGAGGACUACGACGUCUCUGAGUGCUUCCACCACAGCAACAGCAUGGAGUCGGUCAAGUCCACCUUCAGCGAAUCCUAUCUCAGUAAGCCCAGCCUGGCCAAGCGACGGGCCAAUCAGCAGGAGACGGAGCAGUUUUACUUCACGAAGCUGAAGGAGUUUCUGGAAGGAAGGAACCUGAUCACCAAGCUGGAGGCCAAGCAUGACCUCAUCGAGAAGACCCUGGGAGAGAGUCAGAAGACUGACUGUUGCCUUGCCAGUGGACGGAGAAACUCGUCAGUACGGAAGCAGGACUCGGGUGAAGCCAUUCCUCUGAUGGUCGAGAGCUGCAUCCGCUUCAUCAGUCGCCAUGGUCUGCAGCAUGAAGGCAUCUUCAGAGUGUCAGGCUCUCAGGUGGAAGUUAAUGACAUCAAGAAUGCCUUUGAGAGAGGUGAGGACCCGCUGGCAGGGGACCAGAAUGACCACGACAUGGACUCCAUUGCUGGCGUCCUGAAGCUCUACUUUAGAGGACUGGACCACGCCCUCUUCCCUAAGGAAGUCUUCCAUGACCUCAUAUCCUGUGUCUCGAUGGAGAGCCUCCAGGAGCGGGCAGUCCACAUUAAGAAAGUUCUGCAAUCUCUGCAGGGCAAAACUCUCAUCAUUAUGAGAUACCUAUUCGCCUUCCUAUACCACUUGUCUCAGUACAGCGAGGAGAACAUGAUGGACCCCUACAACCUGGCCAUCUGUUUCGGUCCCACCCUGAUGUCUGUCCCCGAGGGCCACGACCAGGUCUCUUGCCAGGCCCACGUCAACGAGCUCAUUAAAACUAUCAUCAUCCACCAUGACACCAUCUUCCCCGGAGUGCAGGACCUGCCAGGCCCCAUCUACACCAUCCCUGGAGUUGGCGAUGAAUUCUGCGACAGUCCACACUGUGAGCCCCCCCUUGUGGAAGAGCCAGCGCCUGACACAGUCUCUGUCAGCCACAACAGCGAAGAUGGCUCCUUGGCUGUUUCAGAGUGCGACCCAAUCGAAGCCAUUGCUCGGUUCGACUACUCCGGCCGGACUAGUCGGGAGCUGUCUUUCAAGAAGGGUGCAUCUCUGCUUCUGUACCAGCGGGCAUCUGAUGACUGGUGGGAGGGGCAACAUAACGGAGUGGAUGGACUGGUGCCACACCAGUACAUCGUGGUCCAAGACAUGACUGACGGGGGCAGGGGAAGUCCAAAGCCUGAUGUGGACAGCAGGGACCUGCUGGAGGAGAGGGUGUCUACUAGAGGCAGUGCUGCCUCUCCUACUGGAGCUCACGUGGCUGACAUCUAUCUGGCCAACCUAAACAAGUUGAGGAAGCGUCCCGAGUCCGGGAGCAUCCGAAGAACCUUCCGGGGCUCAGAGAGCGACAGCACAAGUCCAGGAGCCGGCGGAGGGGGAGGAGGUGUGAGAACAGCGUCUCUUCCUGUUGGUGGGGCUCUGGUGAAAGAAACAGGAGACAAACGACCCGUCAGCGCUCACAGCAUCCUCAACUCAGUCACUCGCCACUCCUCUCUUAAGACCAAGGUGGAGAGUCCACAGUUACGCAAGACAAAUACAGCAGGGCGGUCUAAGAGCUUCAGCAACCACAGACCACUGGACCCCGAGGUCAUAGCCCAGGUGGAGCACAGCUCACAGGACAUCGAGGCCACGAUGAGCUCUGCCCUGAGUGAGCUCAGUAAGUUGGAGAGACAGAGCACCUCGAAACAUACACACACCCCUGACGUAGUCCUGGACACACUGGAGCAGCUGAAAGGUGUGUGUGGUGGAGGAGGGGGAGGAGGAGGAGCCUCGGAGCCCUCCAGUCCACUCCACUCCCGUCUGUUACGGGACAGCGAAGGGGGCUCUUCACAUGCCCACCCAUUGCAACGCAGCGCCUCCUCCGCCAGUGACGUGCCCUCCUCCUUCCGCCCGGCCAAGAGCCAGCCUCGGAGCGCCCUGCCCUCUACCACAUCCCCCUCUCUCUCCUCCUCCUCCCUCUCCUCGUCUGUACCUUCCUUUAGAGAGCUGCGUCCCCCUGCAACAAGGCCCAAGCCAGUAGUGUUCCCAAAAAGCGGAGGAGGAGCUGGUAGUCCAGCCAUGGGUUCCCCGACCUCUACAGUGCCCCCUACACCACCUCCUCCACUUGCAGGCCACACACACUCUCUCCCUCAUGCCCCUCCUCCUCCACCCUCAACCCAGUCCAACGACAAAUCCUGCCCGGCUUAGGACCCCAUUAUCUGAUCCACGAUACUAAUUCUCACAAACUCUUUGAUUCUUACAGGUGCAGAAAGCACUUAAAGACCUAACCCACUACUCAUGUGUAGCAUUCACUUCUUGGUGUCCAGGCGAGCAUUUAAGAUGCCAUUGUUCCCUUUAGAGUGUCAAGGGUUAUUUCUGCCCUCUCCUGGCAGCUCUGCUUAAAACAGGUCCAAAUGACAGGGCGUAGAUUAGUGGACACCCUUCAAAGACCCUUCUUAUCCUGUGCCUGCAGGAGUUUCCAGGGAUCACUGGAUUUCAAAAUCUUUUACAAGGGAACAGGAAUCAGGAUGGAGACCUACAGCUUACAUACACUAGUUUGGUUGUGAAAUUGUCUUUGAGUGAGCGUGCAAGAGUGUUACUUGCCUUUGCAUACAUACCUAUGUGAGGAACAAAAAGCACUGUUUCAUUUUGUAUAGUAGACAUGACAGGUUUUUUUCUUUUUCUUUUUUUUUUUUCUUUUUAAUGACCCACGACUAGCGGACUGGAAGGGGGGCAUUUGAUUCCUCAGAAUAGACUGUGAAAUGCUAAGCUCUCACUCUGUAGAAAUGAAACACACUGACUUGCUGCUUCAGAAGUGAAAGACUGGGGGUAAAGGUGGACUUUUUGGAUGAUGAAAGAAAUCUGGGCCAAAUAUCAGUGUAAGUCAUGUCAUCAAGAGCUUUAUUUGAUCUCUUCCUCCAGUGUUUGAUAUGUUGGUGUGUUGUUGUAUUAUUAUUAUUAUUAUUAUUAUUAUUAUUGUUCAGUACUAGUACCACAACAGGAGCAUAGCAGGACCAGUGUUCUCUCAAACACGGCCAACAGUAAUUCUAAAUCCAAAAAUAUAGCAAUAAAAAUAAUGAAAGCUGGUAGUUUGUGGCAUUAUGCUGCUUCUCUCCUGCAGCUCUGUUAUGUAUGUAGAGGACCACUGAAACCCAGCCUUUUUAUAGGUAAUGUUGGACUGUACACGUGCACGUACACAUUUUCUCUAAAUGUGUGUGUGGUGGUGUUUUGUGGCAGCUAAACGCCUUUCAGGUUUUCCUUGCAUGCUGGGGCCGUAGACAGCAGCCACAGUGGUGUGCUUGGCAUCAGUUUAUAUAUCUGCAGUACCAGCUACAGGACGACUUCAAACAAAGUUACAGCUUGCUCCUUUUGACUAUAUACUUUAAACUUAUCAGUUAAGAGGGGUUUUAUUAUUCUAAAGGUGUAUGUAUGUUUAAUAAUCAUGAUGAUAACUGGAAACAUGGAGCUAAGGAUCCUCCUGAGUGUGUUUAGACAGAAGCACAACCAACCACCUCAUCCACUGCGUUCUUAAGCAACAUAUGCUUUUAUUUAAAAAUAAAUAAAUGGUUCCAGUUGUUUAUUACUGCUCAGAAUCUGUAAUGGUAAAAUGUUGAACUGUGUAGCUGUCUGGGUGUGUGCUCGCCUGUGUGAGCACGUGUGGAUGUAGAAUGUGUGUGCACCUCACCUCACCUCACCCCACCUCUGCCCACCCAACAUAAAGGGACACCACCCAACAGCAACUCGCUGGAGACUUAAUGCCUCUCCCAUGUUCUUGAGUACCAGCAGCCUUAGUGCUCAGUAAAUAUGCACUGUGUACAUGUGACCAGAUGAAAAGCCUGCAGGGAUACAUGAAAUGUUGUCUCAUCUUGAGUCGCCGCUGGAACAACAUCAGAGGCAGACCAGCUUUAAGUAGAAACAGGACGAGAAAAACACAAAUCCAAGGACUUAAACUUAGACUGUUCUUUUUUAUUUAUAUAUAUAUAUAUAUAUAUAUAUAUAUAUAUAUAUAUAUAUAUAAUUUACUAAUAUGUGCAUUUGCAAAAUCAGAUCUGAUGAUGAAUUAAGGAAUAUGUGAAUACUUUUGCAAACACUGACUUUACAAGUGGACACAUACCAUUCAGGGUAAACUGAAUAAAGCCUUUUUUUGUUGUAUUUCACCUUCUUGAAAAAGUAUUGAACAAAAUGUGUACCUAGGUGUCCUCGUAUUGCCCUCUAUCACGCCUUUCCCCUUCUCCCAGAAAUACAGCACAUACUGCAUUCCUGUAUGCUCUCGACCAGGUAUUAUGACCAUGAAUUAUACUCGUUAAAAGGUUUAUUAAAUUUCUGUGUACUGUUUGUGUAUUGCCUGGUGUAUUUGUGUUGCUCUUACCUCAUCACGACAACUGGAGGGAAUGUGACUGUGUGUGUAUGUGUAUGUGUGUGUGUUCUGAGAGAUGAACUCCCCUUAUCAACACACACGCAUUCUCAUACAUACAGUACAUACAUACAGACAUGCAUGUGGUUGGUUGGUGUAUUUUGUCCCGGCUGUGCUGUCAAGUGGAGCCGGGACCCUCUUCGAUCCCAAAUCAAUCAUCGUGCACUUGAACAACCUGGCUUGCGUGUGGAUUAACUGUGUGGGGAUGAUUUAUCGGAAUUGAAUAUUGUUAAAUAUGCAUUUUUGUGUCCAUUUGAAAACAGCAGAACUAAAAAAAAAAAAAGACUGUAAUGUCAAAUCUAUUUAUAGUUGUCUCUGUAUUACUGGAGAAUCCUGUGUUCAGAAGUACUUUGUAUAUACAAUGUUGUACAUUACAGAGGUACACUCUUUUUUGGUACAAUAUUGUACAGUAAUAGCAAUAGUAGUUUAAUCAAAUAGGCCUUAUAUAAUUCUAUGUGUAGUUCUUGUAGUAGAUCUGUUUUUUUAAUAAACAUUGCUUGCUAUAAAGGUU